AUGAAUGCAAUGGAAUCAGACCUCCAAAACGAAACAAUCGAAAAAGAAAUCGACAAAAUCCAAACCGCAAUCCAAAAUCUCGACAUCAAAAUCCUCCGCGAAACCCAUAAACUCGACCGCUACAAGGUCCGCAAAAACAAACGCAUCAACAAGUUCCAAACGAGAAUAGCCCUGAAGCAUACCCAGAUCUCUGCUCUAGCAGAAAAACAACUUCUUUCAAAUCCAACUUCACCUUUCUCGACCUCAACCUUAGCCUCAGCCUCAGCCUCAGCCUCUACUUCCCUCACAGCCAACGCAAAAGACAAAGGAAAAAGCAAAGCCAAACCCAAACACGAAGUCGAAGAAGAAGACGAAUACACAUCCCUCCUCAUAUCCCCAAACUGGGACACCCGCGAUCCCAAAAAACUAGUGACAUGGCAACUAGAACGCCACAUAAACUGGGCAACCCCAAACCCACCCUGGAAUAGCCGUGCAUCCCUCCACAGAAUCCUAGAUCUACGCACCGCGGCCGAACUACAAGAUGGUCACCCACCUGGUCAAGGAAACACAAUGCUCGAACGCAAAUACUGUCGUGUGGAUCCGGGUGAAGAUGUUUGGGGUAAGCCCGCUGCGGCUUUACUUGUUCAUGUGAUGCGUGCUUAUAAGGAUCCUAAUGGAUGGAUGUUGAGGGAGUUGCCGAGGAUGUUGCUUGUUAAGAUGGAGGGGUGGUUCUUUGGGUUGAGUGAGAGGGAGAGGGAGGAGUUGCCGGGGGAUGCGAAUGAUUGGGAAGGUUUACCGGAGGAUGUUGCUAUUGCGUGGAAUCAGGCUCUUGGGGUUGGGAAUUUUAUUUGGGAGUAG